GAUUGAUCCAUCUGUCAUGGAGAUGAAUUGAGGAAAAUGCUCCCUAGGGAAAUUAACAUGUAGAACAAAGAGAUGAGACGUUACUGCCGCUGCUGAUAACAAGCCCGGAAAAUCGAGACGCUAGAUUGGAAGUCUUAAAAAGGAGCGGGGUUAGAGGGAUUGAUGACAGGUGGGGGCGGUGACUCGCAUUUAUCGAAGGUGCUAGGUCCAGCCGAGCUGGCACUCGAUAAGAACAGACUUCGAUUCAGCAUCAGGCAGGUGUUACCGUCGGCGUAUCAUCAUUGGGACUUUCGAUUACCCAUCGUGGUCAGUACCAAUGACAAACAGCGGCUUGAUCUUUUUCGGAAACAUGAUUCAGUUGUUGGAUGAUCGCUUCUUAAUUAGAAGUUAAAUAUUCGGCUAGAUCUUUUGGCAUUAUCAGACCGUGUUUGCUGUCCGCGAAUCAAAGAUUUGAAAAGAAGAAAGAGUGACCUUCUAAUGGCGAUGCUGCAUCUUCGCGCGCCCUGCAUCUUCCUUCUUAUUUUUACGGUCAGCUGUUUGUUUAGAUAUAAUGCCGCAGUUCCACUAGCCUCUCAUUCAUCACAUCAAAUACAGAAUGCAUUCAAAAACAAAGAAACAGAUUCGCAAAGUGAUUGGGAUUCUACCUUAAAUUCUCGUUCUACGAGGGAGGUAGAAGCAUCGGAUGCUACAUCCGACGAUGAUGAUGAGGAUGAUGACGAAAAUGAUGAAGAUGACGAUAAUGAUGAAAUUCAAAACACAAUAAGAAAUGUAAAUCAAAACUGGAAUAUAAAUAGAAAUAUUUUUGACCGCCGUAAGCAUCCUCGCAUUAAGCAGAAUUACGAUAAGCGUCAUAAGCAAAAUACAACGGAAGGACGUAUGACGGUCAAGGAACAAGAGACAUUGGAAGAGAUAGUCCAGGAAGAAGUGACAAAUUGUGCGAGCAAGAACAAAAAGAACCAAAGAUACUCGAGUAGCUUCCUUGUGAAUACAACGGGCCAUUUGCUAACCGUCGACAAGGAGUUUCAUGAUGUGGUUGGCAACAAUUCCAAGGUGAAGAAAUCGAGCAGCGUUCACGAUGGCGAGGACAUCACCUUAUGCUGGAUUGAAACGACAACUAUCAAGGAGGACAAAACUAUGCAACCACCGAAGAGAUUGGUUAUUCGCGAGUACACAAUCUCCUUUGAGAACUCGGCAACCAUACCAGAAAGAUAUCUCGAAUGCAAAAGAUUUGAGGGAGAACUAAUGGCUAACGAUCCCGAUGUCGGCAAGACGGCCCUUUUUGAGGUCAUAGACGAGGAUACGAUGGUCAGUAGAAUCGUUAAUUUUACGUCUGUCAGUCACGUUGGUGAUAUCAUUAUCUGGCAACACAAAAAGGUAAAAUGCGGAGUUGGUCCAGUGGUCAGUAAGAACAUUAUAGAAUUAACUGAUGACUCAAAGAAUCCGAAGAAGAGAGUGGAGAUCAAAGUUAGUCCCAAGAUCAAUCAGUUGAUGGCAGUGACAACCGAACAGGAACCCUGCACGGAAAGCACCACUACAUAUACUACUGGAUUACCUUGUGAAAGUACUGGAACUUGUGAAACCAUGACCUCUCCUAGUAUUUCAACAAAAGAUGAAAAAGAAAUAGUCAGUAAAACUGAAAGCGAGAGCAAAGAAGAUUACAGUUUAAUUACAGAUACGAAGUUAUUACCUGCAGAAGAGGAAUCUGGAAAAUCAACAAUUUCUUCCAAAAUAUUGACUACGACUGAAGAACCUCGUGAAAAGAUAGUCUGUGAUGAGAAUUCUUCAGAUCCAGCGUGUUUGAUACAAAUACACGGUACAUCCUCUUCGGAAGAAUUAUUUCCUGAAUUAAUUACAAGUACGGAAGCGUCCACGACGGAAGCAGUCACGUCGGCUGAAAUAUCAUCAAUUAGUGAUACGGAAAUAACUACGAAAGAAGAAAUAUCUCAUCCUUCUAUCGAGGAGAGAUCGAAAGAAACCACAUCAUUUUUAUCAGAAGAAAAGACAGAAAUUUCCAACUUAGUAACUCAAAAGACAACUGCAUUCGCGACAGACGUUUCUACAGAAUCUUCGGAAGAAUAUGUUCCCCAAUCAACAAAUGAAGCGUCUGUUGAGAAAAUCAGUACCGAGGAGAGUAACAUUAUUUCAUUGGAAACAAAGAGUUCUAGUGCAAUCGAAGAUGCGGAAGAAUAUUCAAAGUUUGAAGAAGGGAGUGAGAGUUCGAUUGAACUGACAAGUGAAGAAUUAAGUAAAAUAAGUGAAAUUGUUUCAUCUUCAAGCGAGUACGUAACUUCAGAGGAAGUUGAUAUUAAGCCAGUUGUCACAUCGGCGUUGCCUCCGACGGUUGGAUAUACAGAAUUUACCCAAUUGGAUAAGUUAUCUGAACGGCCAAUUUCGACUGAAAGUGUAACUGGAACUAUAAUUGCCGAGUCCUCACCAACUUCUGAACAAGUGUCAUCCGAAGAAAGCAAGGAAAGUACAACAUCUACAGUCGAAGGGACAUCGACAAGGGUUAGAUCAAAGACUGAAAAAGACGAAUUUAUUUCGACUAUUAUGACUAAAACAAUAUCGCCAACGAUGAUUAAAUCAACGAUUUUUUUACCGGUGACGAGCAGCAAGACAGACUAUUCGUGCGAGAAUUCUGAAGAGUGCGCCGGUUUGGGAAGUUGCGACGAGUCCGGACAUUGUGGCGAAACGACCACUAAGUGCGAUUCGGAGAUAUGUUCCGAGGAGGAAGUCACAGAGUCUCAAUCAAAAUUUGACGACAUUUCCCCGCCAAUAAAAACUCCGCCACUUGUAGUUGAUUUGCAAUUGCCUGAGAAAUCAACAAUGAUAGAGGAUCAGCACACGACUGUCACGAUGGGCAUAAAUUCUCAAGAAAGUGAGACUUGGACGGCUAUUAAUAUUCCUAUCACGAGUGAUGCUCGAAGAAGCACAACUACAAGUACGCCGCAGCACAAGCUGACCUUAAAGGUGAAGGUCCUCGUGGAACACAUCAAUGAAAACAAAGAGAAACAAAAUUUGGUCGAGGUGGAGAAACAAUUGUCGUUGGACGAGAAUGUAGAACGCCAUGACAUUCCCAACUUGUUGGAGCAGUUGAAAUCCUUGAACGAUUCCGUUAACAUGGAAACCAUAAGCGCAUUACUGAAUUGUACCAGCUUGGGAAAUUUGACAAGAGACGCAAAUUUUAUCAACAAAAAAUUGGAUAAUGCUAUUAAAAGUACAGAUGGAGACGCAGAUAUGGAGUUUGCAAAUUCUAAACCUGAGGAUUCGAUGUCAGAGCAGUUUAUUUCUGACUCAUCUGAAUAUCAAGAUCGCUUACCCGAGUAUCAAGAAGUACCACCUCGAAGACGAAGACGAAGAAGUCUUGAUGAUGAAAUUGAAAAUCUAAAUAGACUUGUUAAACGAGACCUUAAUUCCACUGAUUCUAUGAUUGAUUCUUCAAAUAUUUCAAAAUCUUUACAUACUGAAUUGACAACGGAUAAUUUACAAUUUUCCGCGACGACAAUAUAUUCCGACGAGGAAACAAUUAAUACAGAAAGUAAACGAAAUGUAACUAGGACAGGAGAAAAUGAACAAAACGUAACUAGAGAUGAAAGUAUGAUGUUUUCGACAUUAAUGAGUGUUAUUGAUGAUGAUCUUUCAAAUACUUCAGAAUCUCAUAAUAUUAAUCUGACGAAGGACAACAUACAGUUGACUACGAUAAAUAAACCUGAAUUGACGACAAAUAAACUUGAAGCGAUGACAAAUAAACCUGAGGAGGAAAUAAAUAAUGCUGGAUAUAUAGAAAAUGAAAAUAAUACAACUAAUGAAAGAAAUGAAAGCACAAUGCCUUUGAUAAACGAGACUAUUAGUAGCGAAACAAGAAUGAAAGUCAUGCAAGAGACAUUACCAGAUAUACAAAAAGAUGUCAUGGAUGGAUUGCAGCACAUGAUAUCAAAAUUGACACAAAAUGUUAGUCUGGCUUCGGCCAUUAAGGUUAGAGAAGCCAUCAGAAAGAGUUUAUUAGAUAUUUUAGCGGACCCCAAAGAUAAGAAGGUGAGGAGAAAAAGAGCGGCUACGGAAGAAGUCGGACAUUGGUCAAAUGAAAGGAUCAAGAAGACGCCAAUGGGUGGUAAUCUUAGAAGUGUCACUGAAUUCACACUGUAUAAAGUCCUUCAUUGAAUAAAUGUAUGGCAAAGUUUA